UAUUCUGUGUGUUUGCUAUAUCUAGAUGUUUCGCGCCUGCCGGUCUCUACCCCCGUCGAAAAUGUACAAAAAAAUUUCUCCUCCAGAUGCCGUCAUCGGUAUGACGGAGCUGGAUCGCGAUAAAUUCAACGCUAAGUUCUCCGUACCCUGUACAACAGUGACGGACCCAUCGUCAUUCAAUGAUAUCCUCGAAAAAAUGAAACAGCUUUUCCUCAAGGUAGCAAACUUCAAGCCCGUUCAGGAACUGCCCGACGGUGGACGAAGGAUCAUAUUCGAUUCGGAAAAACUCAACGACCAUAUCAUUCGACAAUACGAAAUUCAACCGACAGAAAUUGAUCUUGGCUAUGACAAUUUUCCUGCUGACGUCAUCCUAAAAAAAGUCCUUAGUAAGGCGACAGGCGGAACUGGUGGAGCUGGCUUCAGUAUCGUUGGUCAUAUUCUCCAUUUGAAUUUGCGUGAGCACCUCCUCCCAUACAAGAAGGUUAUUGGCCAAGUUCUGCUUGACAAAACGAAAAACAUACAGAUUGUAGUGAAUAAGACGGCCGAGAUACAGAACGAGUUUCGGAAUUUCAAUUUUGAAAUACUGGCUGGCGAAGGCAGUACGAUAGCUCGGGUCAAAGAGAAUGGUUGCGUGUACGAAUUCGACUUUUCAAAGGUGUACUGGAAUCCGCGUCUGUCGACAGAGCAUGACCGUAUUACGAAACUGUUAAGUAGAAACAGUAUCUUAUUCGACGUGUUUGCCGGCGUGGGGCCGUUCACGAUGCCAGCGGCAAAGAAAGGUUGCACCAUCUAUGCGAACGACCUUAAUCCAGAUAGCUACGAGUAUCUCGUCAAAAAUCUCAAGCGAAACAAGAUCGAACAUAGGGUCGAGGCAUUCAAACUUGACGGGCGUGAGUUCCUUCGGCAGGUUCUCGUCUCGAAGGCAGCACUUUAUUUAGGCCAGGAUAUCCACAUUACAAUGAAUUUGCCGGCGGUGGCGCUCGAAUUUCUCGAUGUGUUUCCAACUCUUAAAUUGCCAGCGGGAUGUGUACUGAAAAUUCAUUGCUACUGUUUCGUUCGUUCAGAUUGCAAGCGAACGGCUACGACAUGGUCGUUAGUACGGAAGCACCUCGGCGUCAAGCUGGGGGUAGCGUUACCCUUCCAACUGGACGAGGAUAAGGCGCACUUUGUACGGAGUGUCGCUCCAGGUAAAGAUAUGGUGCGGGCAAGCUUCGUUCUCAAAUACAUUACUAAAAAGAGCGCAACAACAACUGGCGCUAAUAUUGGGGCGAGCAGUACGGAAUGUCCAGCUGACCAUGGCGGUUCUGCCAGCGGAAGCCACGGUAUUACAGCUGGGAAUGCUGUAAGUACAGAGACAAGUAGUACCGACGAAACGGGACCAUCCGAGAAGAAGAAGAUGAAAACAUCCGACGAUGUAAAAUAAUGCUUAUAAUACUGGUAGUAUAAUUAAUUACAAAAAGCGUGUAGAGCAAACAUAUAUGACGGGGUGAGACCAGGACAAGAUUAUUACAUGGGUUGUGUCGUAUAGAGUGAUGGUCUGUGGGUGUACAGUUUAUCGAUUGUGUUGAGAAGAAUUUUAAUAUGCGUGACAAAAAAGUACGAGGCGGCAAUAGUGGUAUUAAGCAAAAUAGUACAGUUAUGAAAACAAAAAAGUAUGUAGUAAUAAUUAUAAUAAUAAAGAAGCUGCAUUGAGUGAAAUGUGAAGAGAGGCGUAACUAUAAUCUCAACUUGA